UACACACACACACACACACACACACACACACACACACCCACAAAUAGACAGUGCUCUCUACUUCUUGUAUAGGAACCAGUAUGGCUUCGAUCGCCAAAACCGUACCCACGCCGGCGCGCAUUGGGAUGGCCGUGAUCGACGUCGUGAGCUUCGUGGUGUUCUCCCUCCUGGACGUCCUCGACGUGGUCCUGUGCUUCGCCUACCGGGUGGCGGACUUCUUCGUCGAGUCGGAGUGGAAGCCAUGCUACUGCUCAUCGCCGAGGGCGGCUAUUGCCACCAAUGGCGGCGGCGACAUCCUGGUCUCUGGGCAAGGCGAGUCCAAGAUCGUCCGCAUGAUGAGCUCGAGCAAGGUCCAGAUGGAGGACGUCUCUGACACGCUCUACGCGCGGGCCUCCCGGGUGUCCGAGGUCUCCAGCUCCGCUGUUAAGAGGCUCAAUAGCCACAACCGCAGAAACCACGCGGGUCAUAAUCAUAAGAAGAAGACCGGCAGUCCUGGGGCCCGGUCAAGCUUCGUGGUGAAUUCCACGGUUGUCGAGAUGAUUCACGGAAGGAUGGUCGGGCAGAAGUCGCAGCCGAUUCCGAGGUGGUCGGAUUGCGAUUGCCAACUUUGCAAUUCCUGGUCGUCUUCUAGCAGCACGACCCUCUACGUCAAAUCCGCCGGCGGUGAAGGUGGCAAGGCACGUGAGGAUGUUGUGUUCAUCCACGGCUUCAUUUCCUCGUCAGCAUUCUGGACGGAGACCCUGUUCCCGAACUUCUCCAAGGAGGCGAGCUCGAUGUACCGGUUCUUCGCGGUCGACCUCCUGGGGUUCGGGAGGAGCCCAAAGCCGGCCGAGUCCCUGUACACGCUCAAGGAGCAUGUGGACAUGAUCGAGAAGUCGGUGUUAGAGCCGCACAAGGUCAAGUCCUUCCACAUUGUGGCUCAUUCUUUAGGUUGCAUUUUGGCCCUCGCCCUCGCGGUUCGGCACCCUAACUCGGUCAAGUCCUUAACUCUACUCGCACCGCCCUAUUUUCCAGUGCCGGAGGGAGAAGAAGCGACGCAAUACGUGAUGAGAAGGGUCGCUCCGAGGCGCGUGUGGCCGUUGAUCACCUUCGGGGCGUCGAUGGCUUGCUGGUACGAGCACGUCAGCCGUACGAUUUGCCUGCUCAUAUGCAAGAACCACCGGUUGUGGGAAUUUCUCAUCAAGCUAGUCACCAGAAACAGGCUCAGGACAUACUUGGUCGAAGGUUUCUGCUGCCACACCCACAACGCGGCGUGGCACACCCUCCACAACAUCAUCUGCGGCACGGCCGGGAAGCUCGACGCCUACCUCGACGCCGUCCGAGACCGCGUGAACUGCGAGAUCAACAUCUUCCACGGCAAGGGCGACGAGGUGAUCCCCGUGGAGUGCACCCAUGACGUGAAGAGGCGGCUGCGCCGGGCCAACGUGAAGGUGAUGGAGCGGGAGGAUCACAUCACGAUUGUCGUCGGGAGGCAGAAGGAGUUCGCGAGGGAGCUGGAGGAGAUCUGGGGGAGAUCGAGGGGUUAAGUGAAGGCCACGGCUUGUGUGGAAAGAGCAAUUCCGCAAUGUAGGGACGGAUAUAAGUUGCCCAAAGAGAUCCCAAGGCCUUCACUAUCAUCAUCUAUUGUUUUUUUUUCUUCCUUUCUUUUCUCAACGGGUCAAGCUUCUAAUGGAGCAUUAUAUAUACAUAUAUAUCGUACCAUUGCCAAGUAUAAAUAUAUGUAUGGGCGUGUAGGACUUUAGAUGACCAUUUUCGUUAUAUUAAAAGAAAAAUUAUGAUAGAACAUCAUCAUGUUUGGCCUGGUUUAAGGAGGCAUCUUCGUUUCCUUAUGUUUUUAUUUUUUGUGGAGCUUGUGUUGCCAUAUUGUUUGACGAAAGAAUGAAAAAUAAUCGCAGUCAACUCUUA